CUGAGUUUACCACUUCCUCAGCUAUGCUGGUGACCACUGCAUACCAGUUAAAAGCUUCUAUACAGGGAUCUUCAUCCCGAGUUGUGGGAACACAGAGUGGACUUUUACAGUUUGAUGGAUCAGGCUCUAGUCAUGGACUGUUGUCAUUGGUUUAUCAGUGGAGCUGCCACACUGAUGACAGACAGCCAUGUUUUAAUCAUAAGGAUAUGUCUAACAGCAGCCUGCUUAUUCCAAGAAAUAUACAAAACCAACCAAUGCUUGAAAUAGAUUCUCAACUUUUGAAGUCAGGAGAGAAACUAAAUAUCGGCCUUCAAGUGUUUACUGCCUCCAAUAAUUCACAGAGGAGUGAAGUUUCUACAGUUGCAGUCUCUGCAGUUGAUGGAAAUAUCCCUCAGGUAGUCAUUCAUUCAGUAACCGUCCAUGGAAGACCUGUGUUGUCAACCUUUAGUCGUUUCAAUGUUCAUGCUGGAGUUGCUGUGAAAGUAGAAGCCACAGUCACUUCAUACAAGAUACCUAUAUACAAUGUUUCUUGGAAUGUUAUAGCAUAUCCACUUGCGUACAGUUAUAGUGUUGGUCUCAAAGGUAAAGGACACGGAAAGACAGAACUCUGCAUACCAGAAGGAACUUUGGUGGGCCAUGGUUUAUAUGAAGUUACAGUGACUGUGUGUAAUGAACAUGGAGGAUGUGGUGUGAAUAACCUAACAUUGUAUGCCCUGCCAUCUGUCUCUCUAUGUCAAGUUAAAGUCAAUUCAUAUACUGCAUUUGACUGGGCAACUGGUUGGGUAUAUGGUUGUUCAGUUCCUCUUGAUAAAGCUCCUCUAACUUAUCAGCUGUACAUAAAAUCUAAUGAAAUCUGGGUUCCUGUUACACAGCCUCAACAAUCUAGUAUAUUUACCUUUUUUGGGCCACCUUCGUAUGAGGGUGAUAUAUCCAUCUUUGGUGCUGAGGUAUGCGACCAGUUUCACUAUUGCCAGUGGUUCAGUUCUAAUCCUGUUAAAGUCAAUUAUCCUGCAAAUAUCACACACCAAGUGAUGCUGAUGAUGAUGCAGUCUGAGAAAGCAUAUGCUUCAGGGAAUCCCUUAGAGGCUUUAUAUGAAUUCUCACUUGCCACAUUUGCAACAGAAGAAAAUAUCACAUCUGAACAAGCUAAAACUCUCGUGAAUUAUUCAUUCUCAUCUCUUUCUGACACUUUGUCCACUGGAAGUGUACUUAUUGUGUACAACAAUAUUCUUCCUUUAUUAUCAACUAACAACACUGCUAUGAGAUUAGAUGCUCUGAUGGUUAUUGAACACAUCACCAAAAAGAUGAUGGUGAAAAAGACAACCCACCUUAUCCCCACAAUAAAAUUCAUGUUUGCCAGGAUGACUGAUGUCUUUCAAGAUUUCCCAGGUCACAUACAACUGUUGCAGCAGUUUACAAAGUCUUUGAGUGCUUUGUUGAAGGUGGCAGCAGCCACACUGACUAGAGAUCAGAUACUGGAACUAAGAAGUGAGUGUGGGGAUUGUCCGAGAAGUGUUUUACAAUAUAAAGUACUAAAUUCAGUUCCUCUUGCUAUCAGAGGACAACUGCCCAAUGGUGAACCAGUGAAAGUUAUGGUGAAGUUUUACAAACAUGUUAGAAACAGGUUCAGACACUGGUCAUGUGGUCAGUGGACCUGUGAUGGAGUGGUUGUCACCAUGACAUUGUAUAUAACAUACAGUCCUUAUCUUCAAGAUAACCAUGCCACCAGACUUGCUCCAGUGGUAACUGUUGAGAUGAGGACACCAGGAACAGGAAAUGUUGUUCCUAUCAGCUACGACCAAAUCGACACUGUCCUCAUCAGUCUGACCAAAAUUCAGAAUGAGUCAACAGAAGGAAGAUUAGCCGUAGAGUGUCAGAUGUGGGAUAACUCAGAAGAACAGUGGACACCUGAAAGAGUCAUAUCGCUUGGAUACAGUGAAGGUUUCUACUCUUGCUGGUCAUCUAAGUUGUCAGUAUUUACUAUAUUAGAAGUUUCCAACAGAAUGACAGUUUCCACUAUCAUUGGAAUUGCUGUGGCCUCCUUAAUGGCAGUUUUGAUCAUAGGUAUCCUAGUCAUUCUCUUUGUGCGCAAGAAGCAAGUUAAGGUGGCUGAGAUGACCCAUGAGCCACUCCAUAGAGUGUGUCAGAAGUAGACUUCCACUAAAGAAUUCUCCUAAGCCUGCCAGUGCUGAUUCUAUAUGUGAUAAGAAAAGAAAGUUGACAAACGUUUCUUGAAACCAAAGUUACACAAAAGUUUGAGAAAGAGACAGUAUUUUGUGUGUAGGACAGACAGUAUUUUUUGUUCAGCUAGGAAGGAUUUACCAUUCUUGUAAUUACAUUAAAUAGUAACUUAAGAGAGCUGUUUACUAGAUCUUCCCUUAAAACCAUCUAUGUCUGAAAUAAGGAGUUCCACCUCGUAUCACAAGUAGCACUAAAAAGUUCAAGACAAGAUGUUCAUUCAUAUGUUUAUAAAAAAUAAUAAUGCAUUGUCUAAAGACAUUAAAGGAUAACCUGAUGUGUUUUUUCUUUUCAAACAUGUGUGUGUGUUUAUAUAUAUAUAUAUUGUGUGCACACAAUUUUUGGGUACAUUAUAUGUAGUUUCCUUUGCAAAAGGUACUGUCAUAAGUCUGUCAUAUCUAAAAUACACCAUUUUCCCCAAUUCUUUGCUAUAAUUCGUCUAGUGUACAAGAAUAGCAGUUUCUCACUGCCCAUUUUAACAGAUUAAUCACACAAAAAUCCAUAAGUACUGUAUCUGGCAGUUUGACCAAUAUGUCUUCAUAUGGAAUAACAUGAAUACUCAUUUCCUUCUCCAGCUGCUUGAAGUAUGCAACAGUUGAAUGGG